UAAUGUUUCUUAAUGUUUUCAAAUUCCCAAAUUCCACAUAUUUAGGAAACUUUCUCAAAGCAACUUCCACUCAACUUCCCAAUUCUUCUAACCUACCAAAAGGAUAUCUGACAACCAAUUCAAGAAACCCAUCUUCCGGCACACAAGCCUUCAUAUCCAGAUGCAUUUUUCUGCUUCUGUGAAGUACUAUUACCUUUGGUCUUUCUUACAAAAUCCCUGAUGUGGGGGCGCAAGGAACACAUCGCAAACCCCACCUCAAACUACAAAGAUCCGGCCUGAAUAGGCUCACCAUGGAUCGCAAGAGAAAGCGUGAGUACUUGCAUGUUAUCCUGGGAGGUGCAGACGUGUAUACUGACGUGAAUAUUGAUCUGAAGGCGAAUUGCGCGACUUGAACGCGCGUGCCUGGGAUGGCGAGAAAGGUUAGCUGGUUAUGCGAACAACCCCUGAAUUAUUUUGUCUGACCUACAAACACAGACGUUUAUGCAGUCAACAAGUCACUAGAUUCAUCACUCAAGAAGAAUACAGCCUUUAUCAAGCGCCUUCGAACCGCAAUUUCAGCUGCGACCCUUAGCACCUUCCUACAAGAAAUUCGUACCCUCAGCCUUCACAAAUAUCUCUCGGAAAUUAUAUCAGCUUGUUAUGAAGGACUUUGCAGACUUAAGUCUCCUGGGGAGGUCGAGGCCGGCGUAGAAAUUGUCAGCGCAUUACACCAACGUUUCGGCCCAGCAGAAUUCACAGAAUUCCUAGGGUGGUUGGUAGGAAAGGGAUUGGCUACACCAGAAAAGUCAUUGUUGAAGAGUCUCGCAGCCGAAGCCCGAGAAAAGGAAGAAAAGGAGCGAAUUGUACGACAGAGAGUACUUUUGAGAGUUGUCACGGAGUUGUGGCUCGUGGGAGUUUUGAGAACGCUAGAUGAUGUUGCUCGGCCGGAUGAUGCAUCCCACGGCAAGGAAUCCCUUUCAGGACCAUCGAGUAAAGCACCAGAUAAUAAGGCAAAACUAAACGGAGUCGGAAAGGGUGGAGGCGCGGAACCAUUUCCUCUGGAAGUUCUAAAGGAUCUCCUGGGACAUGAUAGGGAUCAUGCGAACUUGCCCUUAUUGGUAAUUUUUGUGAGGGCAUUUGGCUGGGAUAUACUGGGUGUCAGAGAAGCCGGAUACGAGGGCAGGAAAACGGUUGAAGAGGAUGGGGCUACAAAGACGUCGAAUAAUACCACUGAUGGUGAUGGUGGUGAGGGCGAGGACGAAAAUGGAGAUAAUUCUGUGGAAGAAGCGCCGCCCGUCUCGGACUCCGCCGAAGAUACCCCUCUUGCCUCGCCCGAAUUACAGGAGCGCUUUCGAAAUAUCCUUAAUCGCUAUUUCGAAGAUGUCAAAGCACACCUCAUCCGUGAUCAGAAGGCUAUUGGUAAACAGGCUCGCAAAGAUUCGGAGGCAUACGUUAAGUCUGGUCAGGUGUUCGAAGAUCGCCAGGCAAAUUACGAAAAGGCAGUCAAGGCGCAAGAACGACUUGUAUCGAAUGCCCAAGUCCUCGCAGAAUCCAUCGGUGCAGAAAUGCCAGAUCUCAAAGACGCCGAUGAUCCUUCGGCCCUAGGAAAUGGAGGCAUUGGUUUAGUCAAGACUGGUGAUUACUUGAGAGGCGAGGGUGAUGGCGCAGGCAUUUGGGAGGACGAAGAUGAGCGAAGAUUCUACGAAAAUCUGGUAGAUCUUAAAGGUAAGGUCCCAGGUAUGCUCCUCGAAGAUGGCAAAAAGAAGAAACCGGAUACAGAUGAGCAAGUUGGUAAAAAGAUCGAUACAUCUGAAACAGCUUCCGCAGAGUCCGCAGCAACAAAGCCCACCGAUGAUGACCAAUCCACAGCCAUUGCCAACAAAACCAUUGGUGCUCAGGUCGAUGCAUUACUUGCUCGGCUUCCUGAUCUUAUAAACAAAGACAUGAUUGAUGAGGCUGCCAUUGACUUUUGUUUCUUGAACUCCAAGGCUUCUCGUAAUCGUUUGAUCAAAGCUGUACAAGAGGUUCCCAAAGGCCGUAGUGAUCUUCUUCCAUCAUACUCAAGACUAGUAGCCACACUCGGAAAGUACAUGCCAGAUAUUACCAAAGGUUUGGUCGACUACCUUGAUCAAGAAUUCCGUAGUCUUCAACGCCGCAAGGAGAAGGAAUUCCUUGGCCAAGCCCGGCUAGGAAAUAUCCGCUAUCUAGCUGAGCUGACCAAGUUUGGUGUGGUUCCCGAACAUGUCAUAUUCCAUUGCUUGAAAGUCAGCCUUGACGACUUCUCACGGAUGAAUAUUGAGAUUAUAUGUAAUCUGCUUGAAAAUUGUGGUCGAUACUUACUUCGCAAUCCGGAAAUGUCCCCUCGAAUGACAUCUUUUCUGGAAACACUCAAACGCAAGAAAUCGGUACAACAUAUUGGCCAACAGGAGCGCAUGCUAAUCGAAAACGCCGUUUACUAUGUAGACCCACCUUUAAGAGCUGCAAUCCAGCAAAAGGAGAGAACUCCCACUGAUUUGUUCAUCCGCAAACUUGUCUAUUCUGAUAUGACUACACGCAACUAUGCUAGAAUCAUCAAGUCAAUUCGGAGGCUUCACUGGGAAGAACCAGAGGUAUGUAUCAUUUCCAAUCUUUAAAAAAGAUAAAGAAAUCACUAACAAUCCCUUAUUCAAGGUUGUCACCAUCCUUGAAAAGGUACUCUCCAAACCUGGAAAAGUGAAGUAUGGUAACAUCUAUCUACUGGCAAUUGUCACAGGCGCCCUAUUUCGAUAUCACCAGAGUUUUGUAGUUACAGUCAUUGACAACGUCUUGGAGUACAUUAUUGUUGGGUUAGAGCAAAAUGAUUUCAAGUUCAAUCAACGUCGGAUUGCAGAAGUCAAGUACCUCGGGGAACUGUACAAUUUCCGUAUGGUUGAUCAUCCUGUAAUAUUCGAUACAAUGUACCGUAUUUUGACUUUUGGCCACGGUAAGUUACAAUCCUGGCAAUUUAUAAUGUGCGGCAUGCUGAUAUUAUUAGGCGGACCCCCUAUUCCUGGCCGCAUUAAUCCAUUCGACAUGCCUGAUGACUUUUUCAGGAUUCGUCUUGUAGCAACUUUAUUAGAGACUUGCGGUGUUUUCUUUAGUCGUGGUGCAGCGGGGAAGAAGCUUGAUUACUUCUUGUCUUUUUUUCAGGUAUAUUACGUUCACAUUUCUGUGAUUGCUAUCAUGUUGACUCUUAUAGUACUACAUCUAUACGAAAGAUACUAUGCCCAUGGACAUUGAAUUUAUGGUCACUGAUAUUUACGCUGCCACGAGACCUCAAUGGAAGCUUGCCUCGAAUUUAGAAGAAGCCAGUCGUGCUUUCCAAUUAGCUAUGGCUCAAGAUCAGAAGACCGCUGGCAUCGAGAAGGUUGUUGAACCGGAAGAGCCAGACAGUGAUGCAUCGUCAGAUGAGGGAGAUGCAGGUAUUCCAGACGGAGAUGCUGAUGAUGCUUCCUCUGAUUCGGAAGAAGAGACAGAGAUUGACGCCAUUGCCGACAGCCUAACAUCCCCAACAGGAAACGAAUCAGAAGAAGAAAACUUUAGUGUCACUCGCCAGGAAGAGGAAAUCGAUCCUGAAGAUGAAGCUGACUUCGAGCGUGAGUAUGCUAAAAUGAUGGCUGAGAGUCUAGAUUCCAGGAAAUUUGAACGAAAAGCGACAUUUGAUGUUCCGCUUCCCAUGAGACGCAAAGAUCGCGAAACCACAAAUUCAAGCGACUUGCCAAAAGAGACUUCUUCAGCAAAUGGCCCCUCUGGAGGUACAAUGGCAUUCUCGCUCUUGACGAAGCGUGGUAAUCGCCAACAGGUUAGGAUUGAUUUAAGUCUGGAUUGCUUAAUUUACCACUAACUGUUAAUUUUAGACUCGUACAGUUGCCCUCCCUUCAGAUUCAAAUUUCGCAAUUGCGAUGAAAACACAACAAGCUGCCGAGCGGGAGGAACAACAACGCAUCAAGAAUCUGGUUCUGAACUAUGACCUCAAUGAUGGCGACGAACAAGAUGGUGACUUUACACUGCAACCCUUACUCCCUAAUCCCAAUAUUCACACUUUCAAUUCAGGUUUCGAGAAAAGUGCUACUACAACGUUCUCCAGAUCUGAUAAAUCUGGUAGUAACCGUAGUGGGCAAAGGUCAAGAAAGUUACAGCUUAGUGAUGUUGAUUGGUAUGACCCCCUAAAAGAGCCCUCUCAAUUUCGCACCCCAAGAAAGAUGAGAAAAGAUGAGAACAGUGAACCCAAAAAUCUUGACAAAUUGGAUGCCGAGGUUGUUUUAGUAUCAACGCCCGAAAGAAAAGUUUCAAGGCCGUAUCCAACCCUCGCUGCCGAAAGUAGGUCGAAAGGCAAAGGUCACGCCGCAAAGGAAGAGGAUCAGCCAACGGUAGAUUCGCCAAGAAGUACUUUCGAAAAGUUCCGUAUGAGAUAAUAUCUGGCUUACAUUCGGCGACCUGGUGUUUUACUUGACAAUAGGACACAAACUCUCAAAUCUCCUUUCAUUUCUUCUUGGAGCGAACAUUACUAAGAUAAUCCAACAAGAAAAGUGCUGACAUAUUCCCCGUUUUCCGGGGAUCGCUCAAUAGGACAUGAUAAGAUUGGUGUUAUAAUGUUCGCGCAAUUUUGAUCUUAACUUCGGCUUUGGAAUUGGGAUUGGGUUGCCAACAUAUAAGUAUACACUUCUUCUCUGCUAAUUCGACAUGAAGAUCACUAAAUCUGGAAUACAACUUUCUCUCGGAGGUUCAUACCUAGGGAGUGUAAUUCAACAUGACCUCCUGUCGGACUCGACUCAAUGCAUACAAGCGAACAAUCAUUGCUGGUCGCCGGCAACUCAAUAGACGCUAAGGUGCCAGUCAAGGCAGAGGGAACGGUGGCAGUCAAGGCAGAGAAAACGGUGGAUCCAGUGGAACUGAAGGUUGGAACCAUGCAAAUAUUGAAGUUAUCCAGGAGGUUGCGAAACAAAGUCCACAUUCACCCUAAAGGAUGGCUGGGUGCUGAGUUGAGUGGUGAGGAAUUGGAGCAUCGGAUGGAAGGGGAAAAAAAGAUGAAGAAAUGGAGAAAGUUGUGGAUUUGGUGGGCCUGUUUUUUUUUCGUUUUCAUUCAUCCACUCUUUUGUCUUUCUUGUCUGUCAGUCGCAAAGACAGAAUUCCACUCUUUUCUCGUGCGUAUGUUUAACACGUCCACUUGUUCUCUGUCUAUCUAUCUAUCCAUCGAUCUAUCUAUUCUUACUCUUCAACUACUGGAGAAAUCUAAUUGUUAAGAGAAAGAGAAGGAGAGAGAGAGAGAGUGAGAGAGAGAGAGCGCGCGCAGAGGGAGAGAAAGGAUGAUUUAGCAUACGUUAUGUUAUAUACAAUUGAGAAGCAU